AUGGUUGUUCGGUGGUGGAGAUUGAAAGAGGAGGGGUGUAUAUAUAAAGAAACGGAAGAGGUGACGGGCAUAGUGCAUAGAAGAGGGAAGCAAGCAUGGAUGGUAGGUCAACAUCAAGAAGGCACAACAAAAGAAAGCUCAGUAGUUGGGCCUGCUUAA